ACGUGUUUAGCCCAUUUCCCGGUCACACUCGAACUUUUCGUGACUUUUAGCAUCUUUUCUCAAAUAUGGCCUCACUCUUUCGUUGCACUGCCUCGAAAUUACCAUCUGCCCAGUUUCUGAGGCACUCAUCAUUGGGAAAGAACUUGGCUGUGGUUUCAUCUUUUUUCAGUUCAUCCUCUAGUCACAAUGCCAUAAAAAAUGUCACGGUCAUUGGCAGUGGACUUAUGGGAGCCGGGAUUGCUCAAGUAGCAGCAGCCACAAAUCACCAGGUGACGAUGGUUGAUCAAACAAAUGCAAUCUUGACAAAAUCACUGAGGUCUAUUGAGAAAAGCUUGGGAAAAGUAGCAAAGAAAAAGUUCAAAGAUGAUCCAGAGGUAGGUCUUUGAGGCCAUAUUAUUAUUAAUAAGGCAGUAAAACAACAAAAUUCUGCUGUUACAGAGAUGCCUCUCUAAAAAAUAACCAAUUCAGCCUCAAAAAUGCAUCAAAUAUUCAAAAACGUUUUCCCUCAGAAUGCCAAAAAUCAGGCAAAAUAUGUCUGACAAAUGUAUUUUAUGCACUUUCCAUUUUGUUUUCAAAGCUUGUGCUUGCACUUGCACAAAUUAGUUUUCCAUAUCAGUCGGGGUGGUGAAUGGUAAAUGCGAGACUUUGCGAGAUGGC